AUGGUGGCUGGUCCAGAAAUUAGCAAAUUCGUUGCUGACUAUGAAGCCGUAUCAGGAAGCAAAGAGGCGAAGAAAGGAAGUCAUCACCACGAGCAGUCGCCAACUGCUCAGAAGGCAUUCUUUGAAAAGGUUCAGCGGCUUACAAGUGUGAUAGAAGAAAUGGGCAAUCCAUUUUCGGAGGAGUCCACUGAUCUACUGUCGCUUGACACUAAGGACAUUGCUGAUCCUACAGCAGCGCUAGUUGCAUCUCAUCUGGAGAAAGGGAAAGAGCAAUUCCAAAUAUUCAUAAACUCAAGACCGACAGUCUGCAUUUCUAUCAGCCAACGGAAUAAUAAAGACUUCUUCAAAACAAGCACAUAUCCAACAGAGAAAUCAGAAACACAGCUACUAAAGGAGGAUUGUCAACUGUUCUCCCGCCUUUUCAUCUCCUGCCAAAGGAGAGGUUGUGAUUUACCAGAGUUUUUCAAACAUGAGAACCAAUCUUUCCCUCCGUCACUCAGCAAGCGAGGCAAACUACAUGUCGCUACUGAUCUCGUGGACGUCCUGCAAACCAAGGUGGAGUUUCCAGACACGAAGCCAGAAACUGACGUACUCAUAGUAGAUGGUGCAUUUCUAGUCAAUACAGUAACGCGUAGGACACCGAAGACGUUUGAAGAAUGUGCCAGAUAG